CUGACCAGCGCCGCCCCUUUCUGACCCAGGAGGUGGGAUCCCUCCACCUCCAACCCCUCCCGGUCCGGCCAAAUUCAAUACCUAUUUUCUCCUCCCGCUGCUCCUACAUCCCCGACACCCCCUCCUUCUCCCCGAUCCCUCCUCCCUAGAGACAGGGGAGGAGAAAAGUGGAGUCAGGUCGUCAUGACAGAGCUGAAGGCAAAGGCUUCCCGGGCUCCCCACGUGGCGGGCGGUGGGCCCUCCCCCACCCAGGUCGGAUCUCCUCUGCUCGGACGCCGGGACUCUGGCUCCCUCCAGGCGAGCCAGACCUCGGACGCCUCGCCCGUAGUCUCGGCGGUACCCAUCUCCCUGGACAGGCUGCUCUUCCCUCUGCCCUGCCAGGAACAGGACUCGGACGGGAAGACGCAGGACCAGCAAGCGCUGUCAAACGUGGAGGGGGUGUAUCCCAGAGUUGAAGCCACAGGGGGUGCAGGAGGUGGCAGCUCUAGACCCCCAGAAAAGGACAGCGGGCUGCUGGACAGUGUCUUGGACACGCUACUGGCGCCCUCAGGUCCCGGGCAGAGCCAGGCCAGCCCUCCCGCCUACGAGGCCAACAGCCCUUGGUGUCUGUUUGGCCCCGAGCUUCCUGAAGAGCCCCGGGCUGCCCCAGGCACCCAGGGCGUGUUGCCCUCGCUCAUGAGCCGGCCAGAGGGCAAGGCUGGUGACAGCUCCGGGGCGGCAGCUGCCUAUAAAGUGCUGCCCAGAGGCCUGUCACCGUCCCGGCAGCUGCUGCCCUCGACCUCUGGGAGCCAUCACUGGCCGGGGGCCGCAGUGAAGCCGUCUCCGCAGCCCGCUGUAGUGGAGGAGGAUGGCUCCGAGUCCGAGAGCUCGGUGGGUCCGCUUCUGAAGGGCAAACCCGGGCCUCUGGGAGUCCCAGCGGCCGAAGGAGGAGCCGCGGCCACCGAUCCUGGGGCGGCCGAAGGAGGCGUCACCCUGGUCCCCAAGGAAGAUUCCCGCUUUUCCGCGCCCAGGGUCGCCCUAGCGGAGCAGGACACGCCAGCGGCGCCGGGGCGCUCCCCGCUGGCCACCAUGGUGAUGGAUUUUAUCCACGUGCCCAUUCUGCCACUCAACACGCCUUUCCUGGCCACCCGCACCCGGCAGCUGCUGGAGGGGGAGAACUAUGACGGUGGGGCCACGGCUGUCAGCGCCUUUGCCCCGCUGCGGGGCUCGCCCUCGGCUUUGGCCACUCCGGUCACAGCCGGCGAAUUCCCCGACUGCUCGUACCCGCCGGACGCGGAGCCCAAGGACGACGCGUUCCCGCUCUAUGGUGACUUUCAGCCGCCCGCCCUGAAGAUCAAGGAGGAGGAGGAAGGAGCCGAGGCCACCGCGCGCUCCCCGAGACCGUACCUGGUGACGGGUGCCAACCCCGCUGUCUUCCCAGAUUUCCAGCUGGCGCAGCCGCCGCUGCCUCCGAGAGCGCCUUCGUCCAGACCCGGGGAAGCGGCGGUAGCGGCGGCACCCACCAGUUCCUCUGUCUCAUCCGCGUCCUCGUCGGGGUCGAACUUGGAGUGCAUCCUGUACAAAGCCGAGGGCGCGCCGCCCCAGCAGGGCCCGUUUGCGCCACCGCCCUGCAAGGCGCCGGGCGCGGGCUCCUGCCUGCUGCCGCGGGACGGCCUGCCCUCCAGCGCGGCCUCGGCCUCCGCAGCAGGGGCAGCCCCUGCGCUGUACCCUCCGCUCAGCCUUAACGGGCUCCCGCAGCUCAGUUACCAAGCCGCGGUGCUCAAGGAGGGCCUGCCGCAGGUCUACCCGCCCUAUCUCAAUUACCUAAGGCCAGAUUCAGAAGCCAGCCAAAGCCCGCAGUACAGCUUCGACUCAUUACCUCAGAAGAUCUGUUUAAUCUGUGGGGAUGAAGCAUCAGGCUGUCAUUAUGGUGUCCUUACGUGUGGGAGCUGUAAGGUCUUCUUUAAAAGGGCAAUGGAAGGGCAGCAUAAUUAUUUAUGUGCUGGAAGAAAUGACUGCAUCGUUGAUAAAAUCCGCAGAAAAAACUGCCCAGCAUGUCGCCUUCGAAAGUGCUGUCAAGCUGGCAUGGUCCUUGGAGGUCGAAAAUUUAAAAAAUUCAAUAAAGUCAGAGUCAUGCGAGCACUAGACGCGGUGGCUCUCCCGCAGUCCAUGGGCAUUCCAAAUGAAAGCCAAGCCCUAAGCCAGAGAAUCAGUUUUUCACCAACUCAAGACAUACAGUUGAUCCCCCCGCUCAUCAACCUGCUAAUGAGCAUUGAACCGGACGUGAUCUAUGCAGGACAUGACAACACCAAACCCGAUACCUCCAGUUCCUUGCUGACAAGCCUCAAUCAAUUAGGCGAGAGACAACUUCUUUCAGUAGUCAAGUGGUCUAAAUCACUGCCAGGUUUUCGAAACUUACAUAUUGAUGACCAAAUAACUCUCAUCCAGUAUUCUUGGAUGAGCUUAAUGGUGUUUGGACUGGGAUGGAGAUCUUAUAAACAUGUCAGUGGGCAGAUGCUAUAUUUUGCACCUGAUCUAAUACUCAAUGAACAGAGGAUGAAGGAAUCAUCAUUCUAUUCAUUAUGCCUUACCAUGUGGCAGAUCCCACAGGAGUUUGUGAAGCUUCAAGUCAGCCAAGAAGAGUUUCUCUGUAUGAAAGUAUUGCUACUUCUUAAUACAAUUCCUUUGGAAGGACUAAGAAGUCAAAACCAGUUUGAAGAAAUGAGAUCAAGCUACAUUAGAGAGCUCAUCAAGGCAAUUGGUUUGAGGCAAAAAGGAGUUGUCUCUAGUUCACAGCGUUUCUACCAACUUACAAAGUUUCUUGAUAACUUGCACGAUCUCGUCAAACAACUUCAUCUGUACUGCUUGAAUACAUUUAUCCAGUCCCGGGCACUGAGUGUUGAAUUUCCAGAAAUGAUGUCUGAAGUUAUUGCUGCACAAUUACCCAAAAUCUUGGCAGGGAUGGUGAAACAUCUUCUCUUUCAUAAAAAGUGAAUGACAUUUUUACCUUCAAAAAAUUAAAUUUUGUGGUAUGUCUGUUUUUGUUUGGGUCAGGAUUAUGAGGUCUCAAGUUUUUACAAUGUUCUCAAAGCCUUACAUUCAUAACAUAUCAUGCUGUCUAAAUUCUAGAGAAAAUUGUGAGGUUUUAAUUGUUUUCCUUUGUACAGUAUAAGUAGAAUUUUUAAGUUUUUUUGUGUGCCCAUAGUUUCUUUAAGAAUUUACAAGAUUGAAAAAGUACUAAAAUUUAUGGUUAAAGUAAACUUAGUCUUAUUCAUAUUAUUUCAUAGCAUUUAGGUGAAGAUUUUAACUUUAUGCAUCUAACAAAUCUGCUUUAGAGGAAAAAGAUCUUACACGUAAUACUAAAAGGCUAUUAAUAUAUGUGUAUCUUCUAGGUAGCUCCCUUUGUCUCCUGUAUUACUUUUACAAAAAUGAACCUUUAAAA